CAAUCUCUCAAAAGCAGCACAAGAUCGAAAAAUUAUUAAAAUAAUGGUUUGAUAAUGUUGUAUUUUAAAAAGACCGCUAUAAAUAAUUUAAAAAUUCGGUCCUAGCGCCAUCUAUACAAGAACGGCUCAAACUACUUGACAACUUACCGACUGUCGCAGUUGCUUCAUCUACCUUCCGAUAGAUGGCGCUAUUAAUGUCUGUGAAAUAUUGAAUCACAAUGUCAAUGUCUUUAGAUUCUAUUAUAUAUCUUACUCUUGUAGCACUUUUAUGGGGUAUAACCAAUCCAUUUAUUAAAAGAGGAGCUAAAGGGUUAGAAAAUGUGAAAUCAUCUUCUAAAUUUGGUCAAUUUUUUAAGGAGCUUGGAUUUCUUAUUACACAGUUAAAGUACAUUAUACCAUUUAUCAUCAACCAAGGAGGUUCUUUAUUAUAUUUUUUAAGUUUAAGUACUGCAGAUAUAUCCCUGGCUGUACCAGUCACUAAUUCUCUUACAUUUGUGAUAACUGCAAUAACUGGUUGGUUCUUAGGUGAAGAAAAAAUACACAGAAAUAUGUACAUGGGGAUGAUAUUGAUUUUAAUUGGAACAGUUCUUUGUUGUUGGGAUAAAAUGGAUAAAACUGUUCAGAUUUAGUGUUUUAAUAUUUAAAGUGUGAUUUAAAUAUUUAAAAACCAGUUUCUAUGAAGUGUUCAGAGGUGUAAAAUUUGCAAAUACAUAAAGUAUCUUGAAAUUCUUGAAAUAAAAAAAUAAAUUAAUCUUUAA